AUGAUCCGGUUCGACAACAUGGCCCCGGAGGUGAUGCAGGCGAUGUGCACCCCCAUGCACCUCAUCCUCCCCGCGUCCCCCGCGCAGCAUACCGGCGCGCUCUUCCUCGGGUCCUUCUCCGCCAUCCUCGACCCCUCCCUGCUCUCCGCCAGCCACAUCCAGGCUCUCGUCCAGGUGCUCGACGCGCCUUGGCUCCCCUCCGUCGACGCCCAUGCCGCGCAGGGCAACAAGCUCGAGUGCUACCGCCUUGACAUCCUCGACUCCACUUCCGCCGACCUCCGUCCGCACCUGGAGGCCACCGUGCGCUGGAUCGAUGACCGCCUCCGACGAGGGGUCAAUGUGCUCGUGCACUGUCAGCAGGGCAUCUCGCGCUCGGCGGCGGUCGUGAUUGGAUACCUGAUCUACACCCACAACAUGUCCUACGACUCCGCGUUCGACCUCGUGAAGCGCAAGCGGGCGUGCAUCAAGCCCAACUCGGGUUUCGUCCGCGCCCUUCAGGACUGGGAGCAGCAGUGGCGCCUCGCCUCCCAGCGCCCGGGCGUGCGCCGUGCGAGCACCACACCCGCAUGA